CAGGACCCCAACGGCCCCGUCACUCUCCGCACCUCCAAGUUCAUCACGAACCGCCUGCUGCAGCGCAAGCAGUUCGUCGUGACCGUCACGCACCCCACUCGCGCCAACCUCUCGCGUGACGAGGUUGCCGAGCGCCUUGCCCAGCUCUACAAGGCUGACAAGGAGCGUGUCGUUGUCUUCGGCCUCCGCACCAAGUUCGGUGGCGGUGUCACUGUCGGCUUCGGUCUCGUCUACGACGACGAGGACGCUCAGCGCAAGUUCGAGCCCCGCUUCCGUCUCGUCCGCAACGGCAUGGCUGCCAAGGUCGAGAAGCCCUCGCGCAAGCUGCGCAAGGAGCGCAAGAACCGUGCGAAGAAGUUCCGCGGCGUCAAGAAGGUUGGUGCCUCUGCCGCCAAGAAGUAAAUGCCCGUUUUGCUUCUCGCGCUUCGUCUUUGCAUAUUCCCGGGAGAUGUACAUUUGGCCCACCCUUGUGGUAUGGCUAUCGCCAGGCCGGAGUGCCGUUCUCGAAUAUCCCGAGGCAAGUUUCGUUCAUCGUCAGCAAUCGUCAGCAAGCCCAGGUGUGUUGCGGGGGGAGGAGGAUGGGCAAAAGGUUUUUGCCUUGUGGUCGGAGACAGCGUCGGCGUGCUGAGGCGUUGUGGUCGUUGCUGUGUGGGCUGGGUUCCCCAAGAGGUUAUGAUGUUGACUGACGAGUCUAACGGCUACUAACCACGUUUGUAUCUGUGCGAUGAAUUUGUGCCACUCGGUUGUG